AUGAAAAUGUGGUUGCUGGUCAAUCACCUUGUGAUUGUAUCUUUUACAACCUGUCUAUCAGAGUUUACAUGGCACAGAAGGUAUGGUCAUGGAGUUUCUGAGGAAGACAAAGGAUUUGGACCAAUUUUUGAAGAACAACCAAUCAAUACCAUUUAUCCAGAGGAGUCACCGGAAGGAAAAGUUUCACUAAACUGUAGAGCACGAGCCAGCCCUUUCCCAGUUUACAAAUGGAGAAUGAAUAAUGGGGAUAUUGAUCUGACAAGUGAUCGGUACAGUAUGGUAGGAGGAAACCUUGUUAUCAACAAUCCUGACAAACAGAAAGAUGCUGGAGUAUAUUACUGUUUAGCAUCAAAUAACUACGGAAUGGUCAGAAGCACUGAAGCAACCUUGAGCUUUGGAUAUCUUGAUCCUUUCCCACCUGAGGAACGUCCUGAGGUCAGAGUGAAAGAAGGGAAAGGAAUGGUGUUGCUCUGUGACCCUCCAUACCAUUUCCCAGAUGAUCUUAGCUACCGCUGGCUUCUAAAUGAAUUUCCUGUAUUUAUCACAAUGGAUAAACGAAGAUUUGUGUCUCAGACAAAUGGCAAUCUCUACAUUGCUAAUGUUGAGGCAUCAGACAAAGGGAAUUAUUCCUGCUUUGUAUCCAGUCCCUCUAUUACAAAGAGUGUGUUCAGCAAAUUUAUCCCACUCAUUCCACUACCUGAACGAACAACAAAACCAUAUCCUGCUGAUAUUGUAGUUCAGUUCAAGGACAUAUAUGCAUUGAUGGGCCAAAAUGUGACUUUAGAGUGUUUUGCACUUGGCAAUCCUGUUCCUGACAUCCGUUGGCGGAAGGUCCUAGAACCAAUGCCAAGCACGGCUGAGAUCAGCACCUCUGGAGCUGUCCUGAAGAUCUUCAAUAUUCAGCUAGAAGAUGAAGGCACAUAUGAAUGUGAGGCUGAGAACAUUAGAGGAAAGGAUAAACACCAGGCAAGAAUUUAUGUUCAAGCAUUUCCUGAGUGGGUAGAACACAUCAAUGACACAGAGGUGGAUAUAGGCAGUGAUCUCUACUGGCCUUGUGUGGCCACAGGGAAGCCCAUCCCUACCAUCCGAUGGCUGAAGAAUGGAUAUUCGUAUCAUAGAGGGGAGUUGAGACUGUAUGACGUGACCUUUGAAAAUGCUGGCAUGUAUCAGUGCAUAGCUGAAAAUACACAUGGAGCCAUUUAUGCAAACGCGGAGUUGAAGAUCUUGGCUUUGGCUCCAACUUUUGAAAUGAAUCCUAUGAAGAAGAAGAUCCUGGCUGCUAAAGGAGGAAGAGUUAUAAUUGAAUGCAAACCUAAAGCUGCACCCAAACCAAAAUUUUUAUGGAGUAAAGGUACAGAAUGGCUUGUCAAUAGCAGCAGAAUACUCAUUUGGGAAGAUGGCAGCUUGGAAAUCAAUAACAUUACAAGGAAUGAUGGAGGUGUCUAUACAUGCUUUGUAGAAAAUAAUAAAGGGAAGGCUAAUAGUACUGGGACUCUUGUUAUCACAGAUCCCACACGAAUUAUAUUGGCUCCAAUUAAUGCCGAUAUCACUGUUGGAGAAAAUGCAACCAUGCAGUGUGCCGCUUCCUUCGAUCCUGCACUGGAUCUCACAUUUGUUUGGUCCUUCAAUGGCUAUGUGAUCGACUUUAACAAAGAGAAUAUACAUUACCAGCGGAAUUUUAUGCUGGAUUCCAAUGGGGAGCUGCUCAUCCGAAAUGCCCAGCUAAAACACGCUGGGAGGUACACGUGCACAGCUCAGACAAUUGUGGACAAUUCUUCAGCCUCAGCUGACCUUGUUGUUCGAGGCCCUCCAGGCCCUCCAGGUGGUCUGCGAAUAGAAGACAUUAGGGCCACUUCUGUGGGACUUACUUGGAGCCGUGGUUCAGACAAUCAUAGUCCUAUAUCUAAAUACACCAUCCAGACCAAGACUAUUCUUUCAGAUGACUGGAAAGAUGCAAAGACAGAUCCCCCAAUUAUUGAAGGAAAUAUGGAGGCAGCAAGAGCAGUGGAUUUAAUCCCGUGGAUGGAAUAUGAAUUUCGUGUGCUAGCAACCAAUACAUUGGGUAUAGGAGAGCCCAGUAUACCAUCAAGCAAAAUUAAAACAGAUGGUGCUGCACCUAAUGUGGCUCCUUCAGAUGUAGGAGGUGGGGGUGGAAGCAACAGAGAACUGACCAUAACAUGGGCGCCGUUGUCAAGAGAAUACCACUACGGCAACAAUUUUGGUUACAUAGUGGCAUUUAAGCCAUUUGAUGGGGAAGAAUGGAAAAAAGUGACAGUUACUAACCCAGAUACUGGCCGCUACGUUCAUAAAGAUGAGACCAUGCGCCCUUCCACUGCAUUUCAAGUCAAAGUCAAAGCUUUCAACAACAAAGGAGAUGGACCAUACAGCCUCACAGCUGUCAUCCACUCCGCGCAAGACGCUCCCAGUGAAGCCCCAACAGCAGUAGGCGUAAAAGUCUUAUCAUCUUCUGAGAUAUCUGUUCAUUGGGAGCAUGUUGUGGAAAAAAUAGUGGAAAGCUAUCAGAUUCGGUACUGGGCCGUCCAUGAUAAAGAAGCAGCUGCACACAGAGUGCAAGUCACUAGCCAAGAAUACUCUGCCAGGCUGGAGAACCUUCUGCCUGACACCCAGUACUUUAUGGAAGUCAGGGCCUGCAAUAGCGCAGGGUGUGGACCUCCCAGUGAUAUGAUUGAGACCUUCACCAAGAAAGCACCUCCAAGCCAGCCUCCAAGGAUCAUCAGUUCCAUAAGGUCUGGUUCACGCUACAUAAUCACCUGGGAUCAUGUGGUUGCACUAUCAAAUGAAUCCACAGUGACAGGAUAUAAGGUACUCUAUAGACCUGAUGGCCAGCAUGAUGGCAAGCUGUAUUCAACUCAUAAACACUCCAUAGAAGUCCCAAUCCCCAGGGAUGGAGAAUAUGUUGUAGAGGUUCGUGCACACAGUGAUGGAGGAGAUGGAGUGGUGUCUCAAGUCAAAAUUUCAGGCUGCUGGUUCACAGUUCCCAUUGAUUUUGGUGUUUGCCCCCAGUGGGUAAGCCAGAUAGCCAGGGCCUCCCUGCAGCAGGACCAUGCCUCGAUCACACCCGACCUGCCUACUCGGCUGCGAAACUCCGAGUCUGCGGCGGGGAACGGUGGAGAGGUUGCCCUAGCAGCUGCUGAAGCUUUCUUUGCUUGGAGGACACCUUCUUUUCCCCUUCCCCACAUCGGCCCGGACUUCUACUCCAAGAAGGCAUUAACUCUUGGAGGAUCAGAAAGAGGGCAUUUGGUACAUCGCGACUCACCCGCCAGCAUUUUGAUAACGCCGGAAAGUGCCCUGAGAUUUCACCAGUCACUGGAAGAGGAAGAAGAUAAAACGGAACCGUUUCUGGAACAAAUCAAAGAAAAAGUGAGUACAGCUGUCUGGGCCAAUGGGGAGCCCAGGCAUGCCAGAUUUGCCACUCCAGUUUCCAUCACCCUACAGGAUGGAGUAAAAUGCCCCAGAAAGAAACAUUAUCCAGUAAAAAGGGAAGCAACUCAAGGAAUCCAACCGGUGCUGACACAAUUUUUGGAACAUGAUCUCAUCAGACCCUGCAGAUCCCCAUGCAAUAUCCCAAUAUUGCCGAGGAGGAAUCACAGUAGCUAUUUGCAUUUGAAUGGUAAGACCGGAGAACAAAAACAAUCAGUCAGUACUGCUGGACAGUACUGCCCCAAGGAUUUAAGAACUAUUUUCAGUGAAAUUCUGGCCAAAGAUUUACAGGGACUACAUUUAAACCAAGGAGUCCUCCUACAAUAUGUGGAUGAUUUGUUAAUAGCAAGCUCAGAUAUAGAGCAAUGCUUAUCUAACACUGUCACAGUAUUAAAUCACUUGGCCUGGUGUGGCUGCAAAGUCUUGCAAAAGAAAGCUCAAAUCUGUCAACAACAGGUCACUUACUUAGGAUUCCAAUUACAAGAAGGAACUCGGAGCUUGAUAGCCAACAGAAAACAGACCAUCUGUAACUUAGACAUUCCAAAAAGCCACCGACAGCUCCAGGGAUUCCUAGGGAUGGCUGGAUUUUGUCGCACAUGGACAUCCAACCUCGGGUUAAUUGCAAAGCCUUUAUAUCAUGAUUUGAAAGGCGCAGAUUCUGAACCCUUGGUUUGGACAGGAGACUGCCAGAAGUCUUACGAGACUUUAAAACUUAAAUUCAUGACUGCACCAGCCCUUGGCCUGCCCGACCUUCAGAAAGAAUUUAAACUGUAUGUACAUGAGAGACAGGGGCUGGCCAUGAGUGCAAUCAUACAACCGGUGGGAGACAUCCCCAGACCAGUGGCUUAUCUUUCAAAACAACUGGAUACCACAGCCGCCGCCUGA